CCUGGGCAACGCGAAUAAACGGGCCAUCUGGGACUCGAUCCGCUUUUAAUUAACGCGUAUAUCAUGCCGUUCGUAAACGUCGAAACGUCGUGGAUAAAAUUUGGAAACUGUCGGAAGUUCGCGUUCGUAGGUCGAGACGCUAUAGCGAUGGCCUCAGGUAUACAUCUUCGUUUUCACGAACCGACGAAAGGUGGGAAUUGGAAAACGCGGAUCGAACGAUUCGCAGACGACGAAAGAGGAGACGGAGUCUCCUGUUUAGCAGGAUUGACGCUGGCACCGAUCUUCUCCGUGGUCGAGAGAAGAUCUAAUCCCCGAGUCUCGGUAUUCGCUUAUCCGACGAUGCGAAGAAUCAGUCGAUGCGCAGAGAGUGAAAAAGCGAUCGGGUAUCUGUGUUGCGCGUUCGCCGGUACGGAGUAUCUCGUCGGGCAAGCAACUUUUCCGGACUUUCAGCUGACGCUUUGGCGAUGGAGAACCGGCGAACGGCUGACGACGAUCGCGGGAGAUCCUGCUACGUUCGACGUAGCCGUCACGCGAAUCGCGUGUUCGAACGAUUCACCCUAUCUGGUAUCUCGAUUCACGGCAUCGACUCGCGUAUUAUCCGUGCAUCGGAUCUUAACGUGCUCGAGAACUACCCGUCUGUUUCCGAUCGAAACGGAUGAAGCGUCGCUCAUCUCUUGUACUUGGUCUCCCGAUGGAACUCUGUUCUGCUGCGACGAGCUUCGCAAUGUUUGGUCGGUCGAUUUCGACAGACAAGAGGACGACAAUUGUCGCGUUCGGACAAUCGUCAAAGCCGACGAGGAUCGUUUGUCGAGUAAACUCAUGCUGAUUGCUCAAAAGGAGGGAGUGAUAAUCGUGGAAUCCUUAUCGGACAACGACGUUCGAGCCACGUUUUAUAAAAACCAACGAAAGAGUCGUAACGACGAAUGGACGCCGAUUUGGACUCACUCGUUGCCGUCGUACCCGAGGCACGCGGAGAGCGACUCGCGGCGAGGUCGAAUCGUGAUUCUCGGUGAAAACGGCGAUCUCUAUGAAAUGCACGUACUUCGUUCUCCUCGCAUCGAGUUUCUGUCAAGGAAGGAUCGAGCGAACUACGAGGUCCUCGGACGUUUGUCCGAUUUUCACUUAGGAGCUUUGGAUCGAACCGACUGUCUGACGAUUCUCGAGGCAGCCACAGGAGAUCUCGUGUCCCAAACGAAACGGUUAUCUCAUCACGGAAAAGUUAGUCAUUCGAAUUUCCAUCCGGUGUUACCGAUACUAGCGUGCUGCAGCGUCACAGGAAAUUGCGUUCUUGUGGACGCAUCCACGCCUCGUUUUCCGAAGAUCACUGGCUGCGCUCACCUUCAACGAGAACCGUUCAAUCUCGUCAAGUUCUCCGAGGGUGGCCGACUUCUCGGGGUUGCGGCUACCCCGUUGGGGAGACUGUUUCUAUUGCUACUCGGCAUCGAAACGUCGAUGAAAGUCAUGGCUUGGCUGGACGUCGAGAAAAGAGUGAUCGACUUUCUGAUUUACGAGACGGAACAAAGUGCGAGAGCCUUAGUCCUCUGCGGGGAUUCCCGAACCGGGAACGAAAUCGCGGUUUACUCUUGUCGAUUCUCUGAUCCAGUGCGAGAACGCGUGACGGAGUUACCAUCUUCCUUUGAAAGUAUUCAUUACGGAGGAAAGAUGCGACUAAUAGGAAUUCCAUAUUUGACGAAACAGCUGCAUCGAAUAGAGUUGAAGGAGAAUCUAGCUUCCCUCUCAGAGGCUCUACCGUCGUUGCAUCAAAUGAAAGGAAUCGAGGUCCAGAUUUACGAAUCGUUGCUGCUGACCUAUGGUCGCGAUGGGCUAGUCGUUCUCAGGGAUCUCGCUGAUCCACGGCGAGUGCUCGCCUUGUUCGUCGCACAUCAUCGCGACGAAGGAGGCGUCCGUUGCGCGGUGCUCGCCGACGACGCGAUAGUCUCUCUCGGCAGAAACGGAGACCUGAUCGCCAGCAAGCUGCCAUACCGGACGGUCGGGCGAGGAGCCAGUUCGAAGUCGACGAGUUUCGCGCGAUGGAAUAUUCCCGCCCGUUUCGAAGAGGAGGACGCGGAGGAGGGCUGGGAAACGUGGAUAGAAACGACGAUGCGACGACGGUCAAUGGCCGAGGAAAAACAAGCUGUCGCGACGAGGCUUGCAAUUCUCGACGACUGGGACCACUUAAAGCAUCGGGUGAAGAAGUUACUCGAUCUGAACGAGACGCUCCCAUCGGAGAUCCGACUUCCAGUUUCCGCGUUCGAUCUCGAUCGAGAAACGCGAGAACGUAAAAUAGCCGAAUGUAAAUCCCAAGAAGAAGCGUUUUUGAGAAACGCCGAGGAGAGGAUCGCGCGUCUCGAUCGGUCCUCCGAUUACCUGCGUAAACGAUUUUUGGAUCCCCUGCUGGUUCGACCGAAAACGAUCUCCCCUUUCUUCGGUCGGACUGAAGUCACCAACUAUCCCCUCGUAAAACUUGAACCGUCCGAGGAAAGCUUUACGGCUUGGUGUCGAUUCUCCGUCGAGAUGAAGGAAUCGGUGUCCAGACUAGAGAACGAAGAGGAGGAGAGGGAACAGGCGAUGCGAGUCGAGGUCGAGAAUCCUCCGUGCCGUGGCUUCGUCGAUGUUCUCGAAGCGUGCGCUAUCGCGGGACAGCGUGAGCGAGAAUCGAAAGUAGCGUUCAAUGAACGUUUUGAUGAGAUGCAAUCCACGAAGAGGAGGGAGACGAAGGUUGCGCGGGAGCGCGCGAAGGAAACGAGUCGCCUGAUCGAGGAAUUGAAACACACUUUUAACAUCGACGCGAGCUCGAAAUUGUUGGUAACUCCGGGCGAAGUAGCCUGGGACGAAUUCGUUCAGAGCUCCGAUGAAUCGGUCGAUCAAAUGCGAUCUAGAGAAUGCGAAGAAGCUGUCGAAGAGAAAGACGAUUUUUAUCGACAGACGCUCGAACGAAUGAUGGAUGGGGUGUUGGAACUUAGAUUGCAAGACAAUGCAAAGAAAAGCGUUCCAAAGCCGGACUGUCUCGAUUUGAAAGAUCCUUCCAAUUACACGGAGGAAGAUAUUCGCGCGAUCGAGUCGUACGAUAAAAAGAUUCAUGCCCAAGAAGCCGCUCGGGAAGAGUAUAGGACGCUGCUCGAAACUGAGAUAGAACGAAUUAGAGAGGAUUUCUUUCAAAGUCUAAGAAAUUUCGACGACAAGUUGAAGAAUUUAGCCACGGAGAAGGUACGAGUCGAGCAGUCGACUCUCUCGCAGGUGCUGUUCAAAGUACGAGCGAUCCUCCGUCACCGGAGAAUCGUCCAGGCGAACCGCGAAAUUCGUGGCACCGUCGAAUCGAAACUGGUACCCGCGACGGAAAGAGUGCGGAGUUUGACCGAGGAGUGCGAUCGAUUUGAGACGGAACUGAGCGAGUCGAAGCUCAGCUACGAGAACGCGUGCAAACGAGAUAAAACCCUGGAGGCUAAGUUUCGAGCAGAAUGCUCCGAGCUGAAACCGUCAACAGCGGAGUAUCUGGUUCGACAGUAUCGUAAGAGGCCGAAGAUGCUCGCCGCUGCUUACUGCACGUCCGUCGCGUUUCUAGCCGAAUUAGCGGAGUGCGUGGUAGAAGAGAAAACCUCCGAGAUCUUGUCUCCCGAGUGUCUCAGCUACUUGCGAGCGAUGAACGAGCUGGACGCUACGCUGGACUUGUCCUUGCGCUUGGAACCGAGCCAUUGGCACAACCUGUGCCGUCACAGACGGCUCAAGCUGGACGCCGAAAUAAAAGUAAAAACACGCGCGAUUGAACUAGCGGAAGCUGAGCAGAGCCUGGCGUUCCUACGAAACGCGUGCACGAUCGCUCGAGCUACGGUCAAGCGACACAGACAGACGAUCGAGCGGAUGGAAGCGGCCUUGACAGAUUUCACGGACGAGCAGGAAGUCGCGUUGGUUCUAAAAGCGGAGCAGGUCCAAGUGAGGAUCGAGGGCUGUCCGCGUACCGACUGCCAAGACGCUGUUCUUAUCCCGCGCGAGGAGUUGCGCGCUGUGAUUACCGCGAUUGCGGAAGCCGAGAGACAAAGGUCUGUGUCGGAACGUCGACUCGCGAAUGUCGGAGAUAUCGUUUCCCUAGAGGAAUGGCGUCACGCUCGAGCCAAAACGAGACUCUGUCAUCUAAGCGAGCUGUUGAAGGAAUUAGAUGCCGUCAAGGUUACUAGAGUCCUGCGAGAAUCCCUGGAAUCUUUCCAAGAGAAAGAAAAAACUCUCAUGCCGUGGGUUCCCGACGCGAUCGAACGGAAAAAAGGCAAACUGGCAGACGAGAUCAAAUAUUGGCGUAGAAAGAACGCGGAGUUGGAAGAGCGCAUUGCCCGCGCGAGGGUCGAGAGAGACGAUCUGUCCGUCGCGACGCGUGAUCCUUUUCGUAGAAGGAUUAACGUGUUUCGACGAAGGAAAAUGCGAGCCAUAAAGCGAAAGGCGUGUCUCGCGCGACGGCUUCGCCAUAACUUGCUCCAGUUAUCCAUCCUAGAGAAUUACUUAGAAGUUUCCAAACUUAGAACUUAUCCGACUUUAAGAUUUCGCUUUUGAAUAAUCGCUCUUUCUAUUACACAUAUGUAUGUAUGUAUCAUAGAAUAAAUUGCACUGUAUUAAAAAAUUUCUUAUCAAAAAGAAUGAUAUCUGACCCUCCAACAUAUCAAUCUGUGAAAUAAGAAACAUAAUUUCUAACAGUAUCUCAUUAGUAUCUAUUUGCAAGCACGAUCAGGUCUCGUGGGUCGCGGUUUGUGUUUCCCGGUUCUGGACUUUCCUGGAACAUAUUUUAUCUUUU